ACAACCAGCAGUUUACUUAAUUGGGGUGCUUUGCAUAAAAUAUGAGCUUGUUGGUAAAUACAUUCCGUGUGCAAAGGCGCGUCUGGGCCCGGGGCUGUGCAGGGCUCUAUAAAAGCCCAUCCAGCUGCAGGUCCUUCAUCCACUUCUCCUGCCUUCUCCUCCACGGUGAACCAGGUCUGCCAUCCACAGCCAUGUCUUGCUACGACCUGUGCCGUCCCUGCGGGCCCACCCCGCUGGCCAACAGCUGCAACGAGCCCUGCGUGAGGCAGUGCCAGGACUCCCGGGUGGUGAUCCAGCCCUCGCCCGUGGUGGUGACGCUGCCCGGGCCCAUCCUGAGCUCCUUCCCCCAGAACACCGCCAACACCGCCGUGGGCUCCACCACCUCCGCCGCCGUGGGCAGCAUCCUGAGCGAGGAGGGAGUGCCCAUCAACUCCGGGGGCUACGGCCUGGGUAGCCUUGGUGGCCUCGGUGGUUUUGGUGGGCGCUACUGUGGCAGGAGGUGCCUGCCCUGCUAAAGCCGGGCCUGAGUCCAGCGAGUGCCUCGCCCAAGAAGCCCAAAGCCGGACUGAGGAUGGAGCUGCUGGCCAGCGCUUCCACAAGGCUUUCCUCCUCCUGCUGAGGAGGGAGGUGAAUGUGGCCAGCUGAUGUCUUGUGCUUGUCCUGCUCUCUUCUGCUCCUCGUGAGCCCCUCGUGUUGUCUCCUGCUGUGCUGUGCCGUGGGUUCCCCCUGACUCCAGCGCAGCGGGGUCCUGCCCGUGGCUGUGGGAGGCACUGUGUGUCCCACUGCUGGGCAGGGCUGUCUGACCUUCCAAAAUUCACUGCUUUGUUUCACUCUUUACACUCAUUAAAGUUCGUGUUGCAUUGUAUCUGGAGUCUCCUCGAGUUCCUUCGAUCCUGGGAUGUGCAGCC